CUACAGCAGUUUGUGUGUUGGUUCUGUGCGAUCGUCUCCCGAUCAUCUUGCCGGUCCUUUGGUGUUUUCUGGUUUCACCUAAUGGUGCACGAUUGACCGACCGCAACAGUGCAGUAAUUCGCUUUUUUUUAAAUCGACUGCCUUGGUUCCGAUCGCCUGGCGCAUUGUCCCAGCUUGCGGGGGAGUUUUUAAGAUUUUGCAGAAAAAAAUCCGACCGUGACGCGAUGAUCCUUGAUCGGCCAUCAUGGGGGAUGCUACUUAUCUUAUCAGCGGUACUGUGCUGCGCACAGGUCGAUGCCGCCUACCAGUAUCAAACGAAAACGCUCGACGUUCCGAUUGACCACUUCACCUACACCAGCAACGCAACAUUCAAGCUGCGCUACCUUCUCAAUGACACCUACGCUAAAGGGCGCACUGAUGGGCCGAUUUUGCUGUACGCGGGCAACGAGGGUGACAUCGAGCUGUUCGCUCAAAACACCGGCUUUAUGUGGGAGAUCGCGCCGAUGUUGAACGCGACGCUGCUGUUCGCCGAACAUCGCUACUACGGCCAGUCGCUUCCUUUCGGGAAUCGCUCGUACGAAUCGCCAGCCACCCUGGGAUACCUCACCUCUGAACAAGCGCUUGCCGAUUACGCCUACCUACUGAUGGCGCUCAAUCCGCCGAGCAACAGUACGGCAAAGCAGGCUCAACCGGUGAUCGUGCUUGGCGGCUCAUAUGGUGGUAUGCUGGCCGCCUGGUUCCGGAUUAAGUACCCACAUCUGGUGGUCGGAGCGAUCGCAGCAUCCGCCCCGAUACGCCAGUUCCAGGAUCUCACACCAUGCGGUAUCUUUAACCAGAUUCUCACCUCGGUCUUCAACACUGCCGGCCAGUCCGCGUGCGUGCACAACAUUCGCGCGUCGUGGCAGCUGCUGACAAACUACUCGGCCACCGCCGACGGACUACACGUCCUGAACGAGAAGUUCAAAUUCUGCACCAACCUCACAAAGGCGACCGACGUAACGGAAACGCUGUUCGGCUAUCUGGCCGAUGUAUACGGCAACCUGGCGAUGAUCAACUACCCGUACGAGUCAGACUUCCUGGCCCCGGUGCCGGCGUAUCCGGUGCGCCAGUUUUGCCAUCCGUUUGAUAAAAAUUACACCGGCACCGAGCUGCUCGAUAAGCUCCAACAGGCGCUCAGCGUGUAUACCAACUAUACCGGCAAGGCGACCUGCCUCAGUCUCAACGCGUCGGCCGCCCUCGGUGACCGCGGGUGGAACUUUCAGGCUUGCACCGAGAUGGUGAUGCCAAUGUGCGCCGACGGUGUGCACGAUAUGUUCUGGCCCCAGAAGUGGGACCUGGCCCAGUACUCCGACUCAUGCCACAAGCAAUUCGGCAUUCGGCCGCACCCGCAGAAUGCAAUCCUCAACUACGGUGGACAAUAUUUGGUGGGCAGCAUCACGAACAUCGUCUUCAGCAACGGUCUGCUUGAUCCGUGGUCUGGCGGUGGUGUGCUACGGUCGAGCAAUGACAAAAUUAAGAUAGUGCUUAUUCCCGAAGGAGCGCACCAUAUCGAUUUGCGGGCUGCUAAUCCCAACGAUCCGGAGACGGUGGUGCUGGCUCGCCAAAAACACUACCAGAGCAUGCUCGAAUGGAUUGCCGAGUACCGGCGCCUGAAGCAGUACUGAUUGUUCUCUACGGUGGCCUUUAAAGUGAGGGUGUUAACCAGCGGUGUUACAGCUUCCCACAGCCUUUAGCAGCCCUCCUUUUUGCUCUACUUAACUCACUAAUACAAAGAGCAAGAUGCUGCGAAUAGAAAUUUGUGCCAAAUAUUGGCCGCGCAUAAAAUUUAUGGGAUUAUUAAGUUUACAGAGCCGAUCCCGCUUGUUCAGCUGCAAGCUGGUUUCGGUGUCGGUGAAACACUCAUUGGUCCACAGCAGGACCGGGGCAAGGCAGAUAGAACUGGUUAAAAUGGAGAAAGUACGACCACCAAGCGAUGGAUUAGUAUGAACCCGCCCUAUUCCAGUGGAAGUGUAUGCAAAAUACGAAAUCAAUUGUGAAUCUGAAUCAGAAAUUGUCACCCUUUAGAUAUACAAUUAUACACGAAUAAUAAAUGCAUGGUUAUAUGUAUACUCCAA